GUGUCCUAAGACUGAGUCCUGACACACAACCACCGGGGUAUAUCAACCACCGGACCGGGGUAUAUCGGGCUACUGAGCCAGCGCGCGCCGCAAUGCCGGCUACGGUUGCCAGUCCCAUACUGUAUUUUCACUGUCAUGUUUACGGAUCGAAAUUCAUUUUGGAACUAUAAUUAAGAAUUAGUAAAAAAGCAUGUUGAAAUUAAAAAUUAUUGCAAAUCAAUCAUACCGAAAUGAACCACAUAAAAUUGUCUUUAGAAACAAUCAGUUUUUUUAAUAAUAACAAUUGUAAUUACCUGAAAUUUGCUGUCGAAAAAUUUCCCCACAAACUUCGGCCUUCGGAGCCGGAGGUAAGGCAAAUGACGGAGACUUCCGGUGUCGCAUCCACCGCACCGUCGAACAAGAUAGAAGGCUUCAGUCCCAUAUAUUGCCGAAAAAGAGUGAGAUUUUUAUCACAAGAACUUCCAGAUUAGUUUAGCUUGACCAUGGAUGAAGAUCACGAUCAGAGAGUGUGCAAUGUUCCCUUCAAUAUUUUUGGAAGGGGUGGAACUGGGAGUGGAAAUCGUAGCGUCAACGAUGUCGAUGAGGAAAAUGAAAGCUCUGAAGAUGAGUUAGAUAUCAUCCUGAAUGGGACUCCAGAACAGAAACGUCGUUUGACGAGGAGCUUGAGCCGAGGCAGCCUUCAGAUGUCCUCCAGUGAAGAUGAUUUUGAGAAAGAGAUGGAGAUGGAGCUGGAUGCAACCAUGAAAAACCAUGAGAAUCAAUUCAGGGUUAAUGUGGAGAAAAAGCUUUCUGCAGCAGCCAGAUCCAUUGCACAACAGAGGCAGUCAGCAGCACCAUCAAGUGGACACCCUGGAGGACCUACUCAACAGCAGUGCUAUGAUGAAGUCUACUUUGACUCUGAUGAAGAGGAAGAAGAGAAAAAGGAAAACUCUGCAGAGGGUGCGAAAGCAGGUGGUGGGGAUGAAGACAAGGAGCAAGCCAAAAAGCAACACCGCAUUCCAACCAAUGAUGAUCUCCUUUAUGACCCCAACAUUGAUGAUGACAACCAAACCUGGAUGAACAAACAAAGAGCACAGUACUACCCUAAGAGGGCACCAAAGCGAUCACAUGACCUGGCCUCUUCAGAAAGUCCCUCAGGGACUGGCGCUUCUGCCCAGUCAAUCCGGGCUCCCAAACCCGAUCAGGCCGAAGGUGCAAAGAGUCAAGAGUCCAUCCCCAAGACAGAUGCCAUCUUGAACUGUCCUGCUUGUAUGACAACACUCUGCAUCGACUGUCAAAGGCACGAACUCUACACCAACCAGUACAGGGCCAUGUUCGUCAUGAACUGCUGCAUUGUCCGGAGCGAACAACUGAGGUAUCCUGAAUCCAAGAAUAAGAAGAAGUGGAGGAAGAAGAGGCGGCAUGAGGGGGGAGAAGUGGACGAGGAGGAUGGAGGUGCAUCCACUGGGGAUGAACUCUUCCACCCUGUCAAGUGUGCGAUCUGCAACACAGAAGUGGCCGUCCUGGACAAACAGGAGAUCUAUCACUUUUUCAAUGUAUUGUCAAGUGCUGCUUGAGGACGUAAUCUUUGACUCUGGAGGACCCUACUUUUGGAUUUCAGACAUUUCCCAGUCCAUGAUUACAGAUGUUCACUUAUCUAUUCUGACAGAUGAACAGCAAGCAUUAAACUUUUUUAUGUACCCAUUGAAAAUCAGAGGAUCACAGUUUCAUGAAUCCGUAUCAUAUUUUUGAAGAAUCUUGAUUUUACCAGUGCAUAUAAAAAAGUGAAAUCCAAUAUUCGAGGGCUCAUUUUCAGAGAUUAUCAAAUAUAAUAUUUUAACUUUUUGAAAAAGUGACUGUUCAGCUUUUAGUUUGUUAUGAUACCCUGCCUGUACCUCUUGCACUAAUCAUGACUCUACUAAUUAAUACUGAAUUAAUGUUAGGUACAAAUUCUAUUUUUUUCCAAAUUUCGGCAUGUACAUGCACUGUCCAAUCCUGUCUAAUGCAUGUACUCUACUGAGUAUUCAAAUAUAAAUUCUAAUGGCCCGUAUUCUGAAGUCGGGUUUAACUUAGACCAUGGUCUAACUCUGUGCUAGAAUCAUGGGAAACGUUUCAAAUGUUGUUUACAGUGAAUGCUUCUCAUGUUUACUGUGCUCUUUACUACUUAUUUAAUGGUGAAGACAAUUGUCAUACUUAUCCUUCCCAGGCAGUUAAUAAUGUUUUGGGAGUCAAAUGAGCUGAUUCAUUGAACCUCUACCGUUAGAGAUUUAUGUAACAACUGGCUUUCCAUAGUUAAACCACAACUUUAAACCAGGGUUUAAUUUAAGCCUGAGUUCAAAAUAAGGGCCAGUGAGCAUAAUUUGUGAAAUGUGACUAGCAACCUGGAUUGCCAAGCAUUCUUUGCAAUUUUUUUUUCAACUGUUUUUCUGGUUAUUUUACAGUUUGAGUACAGGAGUUUUAUCAAAAUGACAUUAUUUAUAGUAUAUUUUCACUUGUUCUACUUCUCAUAUGGUCUAAUAUCACAGGGGCUCAACCCAUUUGGUGUGCUACGAACUCGAUCUACACAACACUUGGUCUAAUACCCCCGUCCUAUUGUCAUUUAGUCUAUGCCCAGUCUGUCGAAUUUCCAUUUCCUUGGUGCUUGUGAAUUUUUACUACGUCAAAUGAAAAUUUGGUUCAUAACGGUACAUCUAAAUGAAGGGUUGUAGAACCAUCACAGAUGAUGAAUUGGCUACAUAGCUAUUACCAAUAGACCAAAUGGUUAGUGGAGCGUUGUGGCCCAGUGGAUUAGUCUCCGGACUUUGAAACAGAGGGUCGUGGAUUCAAAUCCCAGCCAUGGCAUAGUUUCGUUCAGCAAGAAAUUAAUCCACAUUGUGCUGCACUCAACCCAGGUGAGGUGAAUGGGUACCUGGCAGGAAUUUAUUCCUUGAAAUGCCGAGCGCGUAAAAGCUGCUUGAGCUACAGCCUGGGUAAUAAUAUCCAAGUCCUUUGGAAGCGCAUAGAGACGUUAUUAAUAAUGUGUUGUGCGCUAUACAAGAACUUACUAUUAUUAGUAGUAGACAAACUGGUUGGAGACGAAUGAUUAGACGAUGUAGGAUGAUACAAAACAGAAUGUCGACGAAGCUGGUAUAGACCAAUUUGCAAUUUACCAUCUUAAUUUGUAUUUUUGCAGUGUACUCACACUAUUGUCGUAGGGAGAAUACAGGGCAGAUGAAUCCCAUUGCUCCUUAUGGGCAAUGGUGGAAAUUAAAGGCUAGAACGAAAGGUAAUCAAGCUGUAGCAAGACCAUAGAACACCCAGCUCAGUUGUACAAGAAGGCAUAACUGGAAAUUUACUGCAAACUAUGAAGAAAAGUUAAAUUCAAUUGUAAUGAAUAAUUGUAUGUCAUCUAUGGAAAACUAUGUUUAAAAAGUGAUAUCCAGUUUUAAGUACAGUAAUUAAUCCUGAAUUAAUCCUGAUAACAAUAUUUUUGAUAAUCCAUUUUUAGACACAGGACAAUUGCAGAGCACUGACUCGAUCGAAAUAAAUACAAAUGUCUCAAAUUGAGCUCUAAAUUUAUUUGAAUGAUUAUUGUUAAAUCAUUAACAUUCUAUGGCCAUACUAAAAAUGUUGGUAAUGUCAACAAAGAUAUCUCCAGACGUCUCCGAGAUAAAGAAGUACAUUGUGCAUGCGCGAUUGAUCAGACAUAAUUUUAUAUUCAUGAAUUCUAAUUGAUGGGAAUAAAUAUCAAAAAGUUAA